CCUAAUUGUUGUGAUAAACUUAUUAAAUAGGGAUGACUAUGGGACAAGAGAGUUCCAGUUCCAAGCACAAUGAUGAUCAAGUACUUGCCAAAUACUAUUCACAACUUAAACCAAGAAAGGAACCAUUCGCAGAGAAAUAUGAGUUAAUCAACACAGUAUUAGGCGAAGGAAUAACAGGGAAAGUUUAUAAAUGCCGACUGAAGAGAACCCCGAACAGUGAAGUCUUCGCGCUCAAGGCUUUGCCGAAGGUUGGCAAAACAGUGAGAGAAGUUGUGUUGCACAAACGGAUGCAAAGUGGAUGUAAAUACAUUGUGCAAAUCAAAGAUGUCUUUGAAAAUGUAGUCAGAGAGCGCGAAGUUUUGUUCAUCGUGAUGGAGCUAAUGGAGGGUGGAGAACUAUUUACUGCAAUCUCAAGUCGCUACCCACACAAACCAUUUUCAGAGAGAGAAGUCGCACAAUUGGUUUUAUGCGUAUGUACAGCUGUUAAACAUCUUCAUGACAACGGAAUAGCUCACAGAGACCUCAAGCCAGAGAACCUUCUCUUUUCUUCAUCAAACCCAGACGAAGCUAUUAUCAAGUUGACAGACUUCGGAUUUGCUAAAGAAAGUGUGGACUCGCUAAAAACUCCCAACUUCACACCAUACUAUGGAGCACCCGAGGUCAUCAAGAGUAAAGGGACUGACACACAUUCCUACGACAAGUCAUGUGACUGCUGGUCUCUUGGAGUCAUCAUUUACAUUCUACUGUGUGGGUAUCCGCCAUUCUAUAGCAGACGUGGGAUGGCCAUGUCGCCUGGCAUGCGGGACCACAUCGUCAAAGGAGACUUCCAAUUCCCGCCCAGAGAGUGGACCAGAGUGUCCAAAGAGGCAAAAGAGCUGGUCCAGAGACUGCUAGUAGUGGAUCCUAAGAAGAGAGCCACGAUUGAUAAUCUGAUGAAGGAUCCUUGGAUCUUAUCUAACAGGAAGUUACCUGAGGUCCCUCUGGGUUCGACAGAUGUGCUGGCUUCGGAGAAACCGAAUUGGGAGGAGAUGAGGCAAGGAAUGUCACAACAAUUGGAAUCGAUGCGAAAUGACGCUAAGGUCACCCUCAAACCACUGGCCAGGAACGAAUUGUUCAAAAAACGCGUCGAGAAGGGCGAGCAAUUAGGACCAAUCCAGGACACACAGUCGUCGGUAGAGGGACCCUCGACGCCUACGUCUCCAGAACCUGGAUCGUCGGCAUCGACAGUCGAGGAGUUCUCAGAACCAUCUCAGGGAGCCCCAUCAUCGGCAACAGGAGGCGCGGGAGACAGGGAAUCAGGGAUGAGUCUUCCAGAGCUGGAACAAAGUAGGAGCUCGAUGGAUACUUCGACCUCACGUGCAGAUUAAUUUUCAAAAUAAAGGAGCUGCUUAGAAUUAGAUCAAGAGAGCUGGCAGAAAUUUUGGACAAGACGAAGAUUGCAAAUCAUUUUAAAGUAGCUCCAAGCAUGAAAUUAUCAAUGAAAUGUUUCACAAAUAUAUCGAUUUCGCGCAGUUUUGCUAUUUUAUUACCAAGUUCUAGUAUUCACAUGUAGAUUGACUUUGAAAACAAACUUGAAAAUAGUCGCCCAAAACUUCAGGUCAUGUACUAAAAAUGACAAUAUUACUUUGAAAGUCGUUAUUACUGCAGUUUUUGGCGACAAAUAAUGGGAAGAAAACUAAGUUUUAUCUAUCUUACAAUCUGUCAGUAGUGUCGUUAAACGAAUUUUACCGAUAACUUGUUGAUCAACUUCGGCAAGUUUUGUCGACGCAAUGCAGUUAAUGACUAUUUGAUAAUUUUUGAAGAUAUAAUCAAAUAUUUCGAAUUCAUUAUUUAAAAAUUUUA